UCCAUUUCCAUUUUCGUUGCCUCUCCUGUUCAAAAGCAUGCUUUUUUGCUAACCGCAUCUCUCCUUCUGUUCUUCAUUAAUUCAUUCAUUCAUUCAUUUCCCUAAAACUCCAUUCUAUAUUUAGCAACUCUCUCUUCUCUCUCUCUCUCUAGAAAACACAAGCUUUCGAACCAAAACGAGGUUUCGGUUCUACGCUCGAGAAAGUGAAAAAUUCUUCCAAAAUAGUGAAGAUUACGUGAAAAAAAGAUCAUUUUCAUGGUUAAUUGAGCAUAUUGGGUGUAAUUGUGAUCUUGGUAUCUGUAAAAUCAAGGAUCAAGUCAAUUUAAGGGGAAAAUAGCGACUGCAUUUUGAAGUUGUUACGAUUUUGUUUGUAUUUUAGGUUCAAUUAGGUUGAAAUUUUAUGCAAUGAAGUGGAAGUUAGAGGUUAAUUUUGGUGAAAUGAUUUUAUUAGAAAUAUGAGCUGAAAUGCUUAAAAUGAUGGAUGGUAAAGAAGAUGGGGAAGUUCAUGAAGAUCGGCCUUCUUCGCCUAUUUGGGUACUGCAACAUUUGUCGGAGGAGGCGUUUAAAGUUGCUGGGGAAGCUCUUCAUAGUGUGUAUUCGGGGAAUUCGAACGUGCCGCCCUCGGGACCGGGGCACAGACGAGCACAAAGUGAAGUACUGGGGACGGAUCACAGGCGUAGUAAUAGCUUUCACAGGUUGAAGAGUCAUGUGCAGAAGGCUUGGAAAUGGAGAAGCAAUUUGCGGGAAGAAGGUCGCCGGUCGAGUUUCAAUCCUGAGGUCUUGGCCAACCAGAAACGCCAGUGGUAUCAGCUUCACUCCAAAGUCCUGGAUCAUACAAAUUACAAGGAACCAACCUCACUAUUUGAACACUUCAUAGUUGUGGGGCUUCAUCCAGACACUAAUCUUGAGACGGUGGAGGACGCAUUUGCUAAAAGGAAGAAGUGGGAGAUGGAGAUGGCAAAAUCUGAAAUAAUGGACUUUAAUACGCAGCAUCAGCGGAGGCCUUCACUUCCUACACUGGAACCUCAGAUACUUUUCAAAUAUCCUCCUGGGAAGAGGCUAGCAAUGCGUUUGAAGGAUUUAGCUGCUUUCUGUUUCCCUGGAGGAGUUAAGGCACAGUUGUUGGAGAGAACCCCAUCACUAAGUGAUCUAAAUGAGAUUAUUUAUGGACAGGAGCAUUUGGGCAGGGAUGAUCUAUCAUUCAUUUUUUCCCUCAAGGUGGCAGACAAUGCAACACUUUACGGUGUUUGCUUACAUGUCAUGGAAAUAGUACAGAGGCCCCCGGGUAUCUUGGGCGUCUCAUCUCCCCUUUCUCAUUCCUCAGCAGGAUGCAACCGUUUUUUGGUGUCUGCACCUCGCUGUUACUGUGUGCUAACAAGAGUUCCUUUCUUUGAAUUACAUUAUGAGAUGUUGAACAGCAUCAUCUCACAGCAGCGUCUGGAUCGAAUAACAGAAUUUGUUAGUGAAAUGUCUCUUUAUGAUUAUGUGCCUUCAACUCCCAGAGCAAAUGAUCAAAUGGAUGAGAAUGUUGAACCACCUGAGGCAAAGUCUUUUGGCGAUUGGAUGAGUUCUGCAAUACCUGUAGAUAGCGCAGUGGCUAUUACUGCUGCUGCAGCUGGAAUUAUUCCUGGUAAUGGGGUUCCAAUAUCCUCAUUAAGGAUAUGGGAGCCUCCCUCCCCUGAAAGUGUUACCGCUAGUGAAUCUUCGGAAUUUAGUCAAGCAAGGGAUUUAGAUAAAGAUGGUAGAAAGAAUUUACAAUAUUUUGAUGAUUCUUCUGAGGCCUCAGAAACUCGUUCAGAUACUCUGGAAAGAAUGUGUGGAAGCUAUGAAAAUGGCUAUUCUUCUCCAGAGGUUAGGGCGUCUUUCUCCUCUAGAUUUUGUUCAUUGGAGCGCCUUGGGAGUUCAGAAUCCUUAUUCAGUCCAGUUAGAAGCAUGACAUUGGAGGAUGAUGAUGAUGAAUUCUCAUACUUCGAGAAAGAUCUUGGUGACGACUUAAUAAUGGAAUGGGCCAAGGAAAACAAAAACGACUUGCUACAGAUUAUUUGUGGAUAUCAUGCUCUGCCUCUUCCUGCAAGGGGAAGUGAAUUGGUCUUUCAACCUCUUGAACAUUUACAGUCGAUUGAAUACAGGAGACUUCCGGCUUCUACCCUUGGUUUUUAUGAAAAAUAUUCGAAUUCAUCUGAAUCCGCCGAAGUCAAAUUCAAGUUGGCUGCUGCUGAAGAAGCACUUGCACUAUCGUUAUGGACAACCGCAACAAUUUGCCGUGUUCUGUCCCUUGAAAGUGUCUUGGCAUUGUUAGCUGGUGUGUUAUUGGAAAAACAAGUUGUUGUUGUGUGUCCAAACUUGGGUGUGCUAUCAGCUACAGUGCUAUCUCUCAUUCCCAUGAUUCUUCCGUUUCAAUGGCAAAGUUUAAUGCUUCCUGUUCUACCAGGACGGAUGCUUGAAUUUCUUGAUGCACCAGUUCCCUUUAUUGUUGGAUUGCUAAAUAAACCGAUUGAUAUGAAAAUAAAAGCAUCUAAUCUUGUUCAAGUUAAUGUGUUCAAGGACCAGGUGAAAAUGUGCAGCUUGCCAAUGCUUCCGAGAUAUAAAGAGCUUGCAUCCGCACUAACUCCUAUCCAUGCUAGAUUGGCACAUGAAAAUUCUAUGGCUCAGAGGCAUCCUGUACAUAGGUGCAGCGAAACUCAGGCCGAAGCUGCAGGCCAGUUUUUAAAAGUUAUGAGGGGCUACUUGGAGUCACUUUGUGCAGAUCUGAGGUUGCAUACAAUUACAAGCGUACAAUCAAACAAUGAUAGGGUUUCUUUACUUCUCAAGGAUAGCUUUAUAGAUUCCUUUCCUAGUAGAGACCAGCCAUAUAUCAAGUUGUUUGUAGACACUCAAAUGUUCAGCGUUCUAUCAGACUCGCGCUUGUCAAGAUUUGAGAGUGGAUAUUCAUAACUUAAUCUGGUUAUAAAAUAUAUAAAGGCGUCAUUGAAGAUUGGAAGUUGCAGAUGAGUUUCCCAAUUUGGCUCAAAUUGCCAACAGUUCUUUCAAGUGUGAAGGGUAAUUGGCUUAUAAUCCGUGUUCGGAUAAUGGUUCGUGACUCGCUAUAGUGUUUUUUCUCACAAAAAAUAGACGUAAAUCGAGAAUGAUUCUGAAUCAUGGUUUUGAAUCCACGAACUAAACGUUCAUGUAUCAUAAUGUUGUUGGUUAUAAAUUUAUAGUUUACAAAAUCCCCCACACCCUUUUCAAUCCAGGAGCCAGUAAAGAAAUUAUCAUAACCCAGUCUUUUAUGGGGAUAUGAUAUUUUGGCUAUAUUAUAGUUUCAUUUAAAUUUGAAAUUUUUGUAAAUGUCAGUUAAGUUAAUAAAACAUUCUUGAAGGG